UUGAGUUUCUUGGUCAACUUGAAAUGAUUUAUGUCCACAGACCCAAUGAGAAAGAAGAGCCGAGCAUUCUGCCCCUACUGAAUGCUGGCUUUAACAGGCGCUACACAGAGAGCACCAACCUGGGUGCCUGUAUGAAUGAGCUGCUGAUGCUGGACCACUGUGAAGUCCGCGCCAGAAACAAGUUAAAAGCCUGCCAUGCCCUGUUCACUGCCAUUGAGAAUGUUUCUGAAGCCAUUGAGAUCUGUAACCAGGAUCACCAACUUAUGUAUGUCAACCCAGGGUACGAGCGGCUGACGGGCUUCACAUCGCAGGAGGUUAUCGGGAAGGAGAAGGGCCUUCCCAAGAGCGACAAGAACAGCCCGGAUCUGCACGACGCCAUCAACACGCAGAUCAAGAAGGGCAAGAGUUGGGAGGGCACGGUUUAUGACCACCGGAAAAAUGGAGACAGCGUUCAGCAGCACAUACAUAUCAGCCCUGUCCUGGGACAUGGGGGAAAAAUUACCUACUACGUGACCCUGAGGAGAUCGGCUGGGCAGACCCACACCUCAGGACCUCUACAGGAUCAGGCGCAGGUCCAGGGCAAACAAAAUGUCCCCACAAAAGACGCUAGGAGGAGGUCGCGCGUGAGUCAGGAUUACGGCGUCCCCAAGUCCCGUAGGGACUCGUCCUUCGACGAGAGCGUGAUAGGCAUGUGGACGCGCAGCUCCAUGAUCCCAAAAGUCGACGCAGACGCCCUGCAGGCCUUGAUAGAUAAGGUGGAAGGGGGGCCGGCGCCACCUGGCACAGUGCACAGGAAGUGCACGAAAGAGGAGCUAGCUGGGGUCGCCCACUACGCGGCGGUCGCGGCCGUCACAGAGAGGCUAGAGCAGUUUGACAGCGUGGGAAAAGCGAUGGUAGCUACCGAGGGUGAUGACAAGAAGGCGCAGUCAGGGGACAGGGAAAAAGAGGCAGCAAAGGGUGGAGUAAGAGCAAGUAGUAAGGAAGAAAAGAAGGAGCUGCCAGAAGUAGGGAAGACUGAGUCAGGUGGUAGCAAGAAAGAUGGAGAAGAAACUAGAAGGGAUGGAAGAAAGGAGCAGGCAGAAGUAGAGAGAGCUGAGUCCGAUGGUAGCAAGAAAGCCAGUAGCGAUGGUGAAAAGAAGGAGCAGACAGAAGUAGAGAGAGCUGAGUCCGAUGGUAGCAAGAAAGCCAAUAGUGAUGAUAAAAAGAAAGAGCUGGCAGAGGUAGAGAAGGACGGGUCAGGUGGUAGCAAGAAGGCAGCCAGUCAGGAAGCAGUCAGUCAGUUGGCGGAAGGCAAAGAGAAGGAUGCAGUAGACAGAAGUAGUAAGGAUGAGAAAGAGCAGGCAGUGGCAGAGAAGGCUGCGACAGGUAGCGAGAAAGUCACCAGUCAGGAACUAGCAGGCAGUGAUCAGUUGGAGGAAGGGAAAGAGAAGGAUGUAGAUGGGGAUAAACAAGAGGCAGACAGUCAGGAGAAGGAUGAGGGAACAGAGAAGUCCUCCUUAGCUGGUGGUUCUUAUCUGGAUGUCUGUGAGAAGGUCUACUUCAUUGUCAGGGUCCUCAUCAAGUGUAUUGAGAAAUUGAAGACAGAUUCAGAUCUACAUUUGCAGUCAGGUGCCGGAGGCAGAAGGAGAGAUUCCAUAGCCAGGAUACAUGCCAUGACCAUAGAAGCACCGAUCACCAAGGUGAUCAACAUCAUCAACGCUGCUCAGGAAAACUGCCCCAUCAACGUGGUGCAGGCAUUGGACAAGGUGCUGGAGAUCCUUCGCUCCGCCGAGCUCUACUCCCCGCAGCUCACCGCCACGCCCAAGGACAACGACCCCGUGACCUCUGACCUGGUGGAGGGGCUGAUGACCUCUGGGAGCCGAAGAAGAUACUCGUCAGACAUCGCGCUAUCCAAGAAUGUCUUGCCCCAGUUUGUUCCCAGCAGCCCCCACUCCCACCUGCCGGACAUCCCGCCCGACGUGCAGGCCAUCCUGGACAAGGAGCCGCAGUGGGACUUCGACAUCAUCGAGCUGGAGAGAGUCACCAACAAAAGGCCACUGCUGUACCUGGGUAUGAAGAUCUUCUCGCGGUUCGGCGUGUGCGAGGUGCUGAACUGCUCGGAGGUGACGCUGAGACUCUGGCUGCAGCUGGUGGAGAGGAACUACCACCAGAUCAACGCCUACCACAACUCCACACACGCAGCCGACGUGCUGCACGCCACAGCAUACUUCCUCGACAAGGACAGGAUAUCGGGUAUCCUGGACAACAUGAACAAGGUGGCAGCCCUGCUGGCGGCCGUGUCCCACGAUGUGGACCACCCCGGUAGGACCAACUCCUUCCUGUGUAACGCAGGCAGCGAACUCGCCAUCCUCUACAACGACGUGGCUGUGUUGGAGAGCCACCAUUCCGCCCUGACCUUCCAGCUCACCUGGCGAGACGACCGCUGCAACAUCUUUAAGAAUCUUAGCAGGGAUGAUUACCGCAUGCUCCGACAGCAGAUCAUCGACAUGAUCCUGGCCACCGAGAUGACGCGGCACUUCGAGCACCUGUCCAAAUUUGCCAACAGCAUCUCCAAGAUGGGUGCCUCUGCGCGGGUCGAGGAAGACCGCCUCUCCUCGCACAGCGGCGGCGUGGCCACACCGGAGCACGACACUCUGCGAACCCUUGAGAACCGGACGCUGAUCACCCGCAUGCUGAUCAAGUGUGCCGACAUCGCUAACCCGGCCCGACCCCUGGACCUGUGCGUGGAGUGGGCCAAGAGGAUUGCUGAAGAGUACUGCCAGCAGACUGAUGAGGAGAAGGACCGUGGCCUCCCCGUGGUCAUGCCGGUGUUCGACAGAGCCUCUUGCAGCAUCCCCAAGUCUCAGAUAUCCUUCAUCGACUACUUCCUCACAGACAUGUUCGAUGCUUGGGACGCGUUUGUGGACACCCCGUCCCUGAUCACGCACCUCACCAGGAACUACAAGUACUGGAAGCAGCAGGCAGAGGAGGCAGAGCGGCGCGGCGAGAGUGUCACACGCCUCGAGGACGUCGAGUAACCGCCGUGGAAAAUUCGAAAAACCUCCAUAACCAAUCAUCACCCAUCUAUUGCAGUCUGACGUUGAGUGACGGUCGUCAGCCGUCGGAAAAUACACAAAAAACUUCAUAAGCUACUAUCAACCAUCAAUCGCAGCCUGCUUUUUUUUUAUACACGUAGGCUGAGAGUAUUAGAAAAAAGUAUGCAUAUGAAGAGUUUAUGAUACUUGUAACUAUAUGCCAUUUUUCAGCUUGAACAAAUGUGAAGACAUACAGAUGUGGUGUACAUGUAUACCCUUAUUGUAAAUGUGGUUUGUGAAACCCAAGAUAUCAGCCAUUGUGGAAUUUAGUCCUUGAACUAUGUACAUGUAUAACUUACGAAUAAGAUUGAAGAUGGGAGAGACCGUCUUGUUUUGAACAGGGACCAAUGUUCGAGAAGAAACACAGAUUCCUAUAAUAUAAUAUACAGUGUUUUAUGUACAGUUGUAACUACAGUUAAACAAUGAAAAUAUAAACCUCACACAUUCCAGUGUUAGUUUUUGUUUGUGGUUUGUUGUAACCGUAACCAAACCAGUGACAUGUGCAAAAAAAUGGGUAGGCUUCAGUAAAGCUAUAAGUUCACCUUUAUCUGUGGGGGUAACCUAUAUUCAUCGUCUUUAAUGAUUGUUGUUAUUUGGGAAUAUUAGCUCGACGUACGUCAUUUUCUUAUUGAAAUAUGUUCAGAGUAUUCCAGUUUGAAAGCAUCAUCUGUCAACUGGAUGUCCCUAAAUACCGUUUUAAAGAACAACAGAGUUAGGUUACCCCCACGGAUAAAGGUGAACACAAGUAGCAGUACCUCUUUCGAGUUCCACUAAGGUCAAGUGCAAGAUAAAGAGUCUAGUGCAAGAAAAGUGAGCUUCAAAAGCUGAGUUGAUGGUCAAAUAUUGGAUGGGCUACAUCACAUGUAGCUCUUCUGUGGAACCUAUAGUUGUUGUGCCAAAUAUCAAAAACUAUUAUCAAUGGUAAAAAUCAUAUCUGUAAUCAUACAUAAUGUGAGGAAAUUGUACAUCUUCAAAAGUCUCCACAGUGUGUACAAUGUUGCUGUACAGUGUACUUGUCUUGUUUGUCAAACCUGUUAUACACCUUGUAGAUGAAACCUUGUACAUACAUAACUAUAAUACAGUACCAGAGACUGUGGGCUUCUUGUGGAAGGGAUGUUCAUACAGCCAGCUGAGUGGAGAAGGUUUCCUAAAGGCUUUCAUAACAGUUCACAUUGUCAUGAGGAAUGGGGCAGUUCAUUGUACAAUCUGAUGUGCUUUCUACACAGUUCAGAAAUGAUAACUAAAGGUUGUACUCUUGGUCUUACUGCUGCAAGCAAGCAAGCCAAAUGUGAAGAGAUCUUUUACGAUCGGGUGCCUUGACGAUACAGUAUACGCUAGCUACACUUGUCUCUACUUGUCAUAUCUGCCACAGAGGAAUGCAGGUCACUAGAAAAAGAACCACAGUAUUUGUGUAAGACCAAGGAGGUUUUACUCCUCGGUAAGAUACUCCAGAAAGUGCCAGUGAAAUUGUCAGUGUCCAUAGACUGAUUCCAGAAGAUGUUUGCCAGGCAGGUUGUUUUGUUGAUGAAUUAAUAAUAUUAAGCAGUGUACAUAUUUAUAUUGUCUAUAUGUAUAACAUGUUGUGCAAAAGUCAGUAUUUUUAAAGCAGUUUUUUUUGUCGAUGCCACAGACAGAGUUGCUUCAGAUUUUUAAAUGGUCGACGACCCGGGUAUACAGACCUACCAGGUGUAAAAUGAUUGCAAGCGAAGCGUGUAAGUGAUGAUAGUCCAAGCUAUUUUUCCUACAUGUAAAGUUUGCAUGCCUUCCUGAUAAUUGUUGUAAUGCCAGCUGCUUGCUAGCCUCCUGGGGCAGACCCCGUUUUUGCUCCAACCACACAGAAAAAGGCCUGCUCAGUCAGGUAGGCUAACAGUAUAUGUAUGCGUUGUGGACAAGAGAUUUUUUUAGGUACAUGUAUAAUUGGAAAUCAUGUGAACAUGGCUAACCGUGUGUCUAUAAUAUGCGGUGAGAUGUAUUUUUGUACAACGGUGAUGUGUGUGUAUACGUUGGGUCGAACACACAGAUGCUCUUUGUAUCAGAGAA